CGGCAUCGGAACGCGCCGCGCUGGGGCUCGGAUCCUGACUGCGGGGCCCGGGUCUGCACUCGCCCCCAAGCAGGGCCCGGAGCAGCCCUCUUUCAACAUGGGGCUGGAGGCCCAGAGGCUGCCAGGUGCUGAGGAGGCCCCAGUGAGGGUGGCCCUGAGAGUCCGUCCACUGCUGCCCAAGGAGCUGCUGCAUGGGCAUCAGAGCUGCCUGCAAGUGGAGCCAGGGCAGGGCUGUGUCACUCUGGGCCACAACCGUCACUUUGGCUUCCAUGUUGUAUUGGCCGAAGACACCGGGCAGGAGGCUGUGUACCAGGCCUGCGUGCAGCCCCUCCUCGAGGCUUUCUUUGAGGGCUUCAAUGCCACCGUCUUUGCCUACGGUCAGACGGGCUCCGGGAAGACAUACACCAUGGGGGAGGCCAGUGUAGCCUCCCUCCAUGAGGAUGAGCAAGGCAUCAUCCCGAGGGCCAUGGCCGAGGCCUUCAAGCUUAUCGAUGAGAACGACCUACUUGACUGUCUGGUGCACGUAUCCUACCUGGAAGUGUACAAGGAGGAGUUCCGAGACCUGCUGGAGGUGGGCACCGCCAGCCGUGACAUCCAGCUUCGGGAAGAUGAUCGUGGGAAUGUUGUGCUGUGUGGGGUCAAGGAGGUGGACGUGGAGGGCCUGGACGAGGUGCUGAGCCUCCUGGAGAUGGGCAACGCGGCGCGGCACACGGGCGCCACGCAUCUCAACCGCCUCUCCAGCCGCUCGCACACGGUCUUCACCGUGACCCUGGAGCAGCGGGGGCGUGCCCCCAGCCGCCUGCCGCGACCCUCCCUGGGCCAGCUGCUUGUCUCCAAGUUCCACUUCGUGGACCUGGCGGGCUCAGAGAGGGUGCUCAAGACUGGCAGCACAGGCGAGCGGCUCAAGGAGAGCAUCCAGAUCAACAGCAGCCUCCUGGCGCUGGGCAACGUCAUCAGCGCCCUGGGGGACCCCCAGCGCCGAGGCAGCCACAUCCCCUACCGCGACUCCAAGAUCACCCGGAUCCUCAAAGAUUCGCUGGGCGGGAACGCCAAGACCGUGAUGAUCGCCUGCGUCAGCCCCUCCUCCGCUGACUUCGAUGAAACCCUCAACACCCUUAACUACGCCAGCCGCGCCCAGAACAUCUGCAACCGCGCCACGGUCAACUGGAGGCCCGAGGCCGAGCGGGCCCCCGAGGAGACGACGGCCGGCGCGCGGGGGCCGCCGCGGCACCGCUCCGAGACGCGCAUCAUCCACCGCGGCCGGCGCGCCCCGGGCCCCGCCGCGUCCUCGGCUGCCGCCGCCGCCCGCCUGGGCGCCGAGUGCGCGCGCUACCGGGCCCGCACCGACGCCGCCUACAGCCUCCUGCGCGAGCUGCAGGCCGAGCCCGGGCUGCCCGGCGCCGCCGUCCGCAAGGUGCGCGAGUGGCUGUGCGCGGUCGAGAGCGAACGCAGCGCCCUGAGCUCCGCCUCCGGGCCCGACAGCGGCAUCGAGAGCGCCUCCGCCGAGGACCACGCGGCGCAGGGGCCCGGCGGGCGGAAGGAAGAUGAGGGGGCGCAGCAGCUGCUGACCCUGCAGAGUCAGGUGGCGCGGCUGGAGGAGGAGAACCGAGACUUUCUGGCUGCGCUGGAGGACGCCAUGGAGCAGUACAAACUGCAGAGUGACCGGCUGCGUGAGCAGCAGGAGGAGAUGGUGGAGCUGCGUCUGCGUCUAGAGCUGGUGCGGCCUGGCUGGGGGGCCCCUGGCUGCUCGGUACCUCGGCCUCACACAGCCCCCCUGGGAGGUGCCCAUACCCACGUGCUGGGCAUGGUGCCCCCUGCCUGCCUCCUUGGAAAUGAAGUUGGCCCUGAGCAGUGGGGAGAGGUGACAAAUGGCAGGGAGGCUGGAGCUGAGUUGCUAGCCGAGGCGGACAGGCUGGGAAGUGGAUCUUCAGCUGCAUCAGAGGAGGAAGAGGAGGAGGAGGAGGUGCCCAGGAGGACCUUGCACCUGCGCAGAAAUGGGAUCGGCAACUGGAGCCAGAGGGCAGGGGCCCGCCCAGGGAGUCCACUGGAUAGGAAGGGCCCAGAGCUUCGCCUUGAAGAGAUGGAUGCAGCCAUCCCAGUGCCCAGAGUGGUUGGUGGGAGCAAGUCCUCACCUCAGAUCCGCCAGGCCCCUGCUGCCAUGGCCUCUGAGUGGCGGCUUGCCCAGGCCCAGCAGAAGAUCCGGGAGCUGGCCAUUAACAUCCGCAUGAAGGAGGAGCUUAUUGGCGAGCUGGUCCGCACAGGGAAGGCGGCCCAGGCCCUGAACCGCCAGCACAGCCAGCGCAUCCGAGAUCUGGAGCAGGAGGCGGAGCAUGUGCGGGCGGAGCUGAGCGAAGGCCAGAGGCAGCUGCGGGAGCUUGAGGGCAAGGAGCCCCAGGAUGCCGGCGAGCGGUCCCGGCUGCAGGAGUUCCGCAAGAGGGUCGCUGUGGCCCAGAGCCGGGUGCAGGUGCUGAAGGAGAAGAAGCAGGUGACAGAGCGGCUGGCGUCACUGUCAGCCCAGAGUGAGAAGCGGCUGCAGGAACUUGAGAGGAAUGUGCAGCUUAUGCGGCAGCAGCAGGGGCAGCUGCAGCGGCGGCUUCGCGAGGAGACAGAGCAGAAGCGGCGCCUGGAGAUGGAGAUGAACAAGCGGCAGCACCGCGUCAAGGAGCUGGAGCUGAAGCAUGAGCAGCAGCAGAAGAUCCUGAAGAUCAAGACAGAAGAGAUCGCAGCGUUCCAGAGGAAGAGGCGCAGCGGUAGCAAUGGCUCUGUGGUCAGCUUGGAGCAGCAGCAGAAGAUUGAGGAGCAGAAGAAGUGGCUGGAUCAGGAGAUGGAGAAGGUCCUGCAGCAGCGCCGGGCACUGGAGGAGCUGGGGGAGGAGCUCCACAAGCGGGAGGCCAUCCUGGCCAAGAAGGAGGCCCUGAUGCAGGAGAAGACAGGGCUGGAGAGCAAGCGCCUGAGGUCCAGCCAGGUGAGGCCCUGCCAGGCCCUCAACGAGGACAUCGUGCGAGUGUCCAGCAGGCUGGAGCACCUGGAGAAGGAGCUGUCAGAGAAGAGUGGGCAGCUGCGGCAGGGCAGUGCCCAGAGCCAGCAGCAGAUCCGUGGGGAGAUUGACAGCCUGCGCCAGGAGAAGGACUUGCUGCUGAAGCAGCGCCUGGAGAUCGACAGCAAGCUGAGGCAGGGCAGCCUGCUGUCGCCCGAGGAGGAGCGGACGCUGUUCCAGUUGGAUGAGGCCAUCGAGGCUCUGGAUGCCGCCAUCGAGUACAAGAAUGAGGCUAUCACGUGCCGCCAGCGGGUGCUGCGGGCCUCGGCCUCGUUGCUGUCCCAGUGCGAGAUGAACCUCAUGGCCAAGCUCAGCUACCUCUCAUCCUCAGAGACCAGAGCCCUUCUCUGCAAGUAUUUUGACAAGGUGGUGACACUCCGAGAGGAGCAGCACCAGCAGCAGAUUGCCUUCUCGGAGCUGGAGAUGCAGCUGGAGGAGCAGCAGAGGUUGGUGUACUGGCUGGAGGUGGCCCUGGAGCGGCAGCGCCUGGAGAUGGACCGCCAGCUGACCCUGCAGCAGAAGGAGCAUGAGCAGAACAUCCAGCUGCUCCUCCAGCAGAGCCGAGACCACCUUGGCGAGGGGUUGGCAGACAGCAAGAGGCAGUAUGAGGCCCGGAUCCAAGCUCUGGAGAAGGAACUGGGCCGCCACAUGUGGAUAAACCAGGAACUAAAACAGAAGUUCAGCAGUGUGAAUGCUGUGGGCCAGAGCAAAGUGACAGGUGGGGAGAAGAAGAGCCUCUGCCUGGAGAAUAAACAAGUCUCUAGAGAUGAAGAUGAGCCCCACCCAGUGUCUGAGCUUCUCUGGCAGCCCCCACUCACUGAGGGGGCCCCCCGUGCCCGCGAGGAGACACGGGACUUGGUCCGUGCUCCGUUACCCUUGACGUGGAAACGCUCAAGCCUGUGCGGCGAGGAGCAGGCCUCCCCUGAGGAGCUGAGGCAGCGGGACGCAGCGGAGCCCCUGGUGGGGCGGGUGCUGCCUGUGGGGGAGGUGGGCCUGCCCUGGACCUUUGGGUCUUUGCCCAAGCCCCGUCGGGAACUACGAAGAGCAAGCCCAGGGAUGAUUGAUGUCCGGAAAAACCCCCUGUAGGCCCUUGGGGCAGACCCUGACUUGGAGGGAGAGUUUGAUCCUGCUGAAAGGUGCGGUUGUCUACAUUUUGCUUCUGUGGAUAGUCCUGACCUUACACCCUAAAUCCAGGUCCUCUUCUUUACACUAAUUGGCAUCAACAAAUUUUGGCCACAGCCCAAAAGAACUGGACUCUUGUUUUAAAAAAUAUGUAAAUUCCUACCAUUCACUUCCUUUAAGCUGCAGUACCUGGUUGUCACCUUCUGGCUUGCUUAAGUUUCAGGACAAUUCUGGUUUCAAACAAGUUUACAAGUGUACUUCAAAAAGUUCGUGCAAAAAUAGAUAGAUAAUAUGAAUCUUUCCGUGAACUUUUUGAGGUAUGCUUAUAUGUUCCCAUAGUUCUGGGGUUCAGUCAAGGCUUGUUACAAAAUGAUCAGUGGCAAGAGGGUUGUGGUUUAAAUGGUGUUAUGUUUAUAAGGGGAACUGGGAGAC